UCCAGACUCCUCCCAUUCAACACCCUUUUUAUUAGCCCCUCUUUGAUUCCUAUCAUACAUUUGAAAUUUUAUGUUUCCCGACUAAUUUGUUACCCCUAUUCCAAAGAUGAUUGAAUGCUAUGACUUAAAAGCGUACCUUCUUAUCUUAUCGCAGGUUUUUUGUCCUAUUCUUCAAAGGGGUUGUUACGUAGUUUUAUGUUUCAAUUUCAAGCAUUCCAAGAUUGAUAUUAUUGACCAAAGGAUGCUUACCGGAAUAUUGAAUGAAAAUUAUGGUGGCUACGCAACAAUAUUGGCUAAGGCAUUUUCUAACUAUUUGGAGUCAAGCGGUGAUCCAAGAGCCGAAAAAGUAUUGAACUUCGACCUAAAACUAAUCAAACUACAAUGUAAAUCAAAUGAGAAUGAUGAUAUCGAUAGUGGUGUGUGUGCAAUGAGGUACAUGGAAAUGUAUAUGGCGCAAGGGACUUCUUCGUGGGAUACUAACUUUAAAAACAACGUUUUUUUUCUGAAAACUUUGAGAGCCAAGUAUUGUUGUGAGAUCUUGAAGGACGACUCCAAUGUAGUUAAACAACUUAUGCUAAAGAAAGUUAAGGAGAUGAAAUGAGCUGCAAGAAUUUCAGUAUUCAUGUACUUGUGAGCCUUCGGUGAUGUACUUGUAAGACAUCGUUGAUGUACUUGGUUGUCUGCUAUAGCACUUAGUAUUAUGAAUUUUAUGUUUUUACAUUUGAUAGUUUUGUUAUGAUGUUUUUACAUUUGAUACUACAAUGUAAAUUUUUCAUGAGUUAAUUUAACUGAUAGUCUUGUUUGUGUUAU